AAGAGCUCAACAAAUAAACAAAAACAACAAACUCAAGAUUAAGAGGCGCCGUUGCAUAGGCAAUGCCUCGACCCAUAACUACUUUGCCGCCAAUAUUUUGACCAAUUCUGAGUGACAUGACCAGCGGAUUUGUUGUCUCUAUUUACAACUGAUUAACCAGAAUGAGGCACUUCUACAAAUCCAGGCAUUGAUAUUGAAUAUAUUUCACUCAAUGUCAUUAUGGGAUAGAUACAACUUAACAGGCUUUCUGUGCCCUCCAUUAUGAGGCGAAGUCAAGCUCCAAGCCAGCUCCUUAAGAGGAGCCUUGAAGGUGAUGGUUUACUUAGGAGAAAUGGAGUCCUUACGAACGGUAACUCAAAGAAAAGGAAGCAAAGCAGUGAACUAGAUUCAAGUGUAUCCUUGUAUCGCGCACCCCUUUCUCCACUGAGUAACAGUCAGAAUUCAUCCUCAGUUACAUCUCAUGAGGAUCUUAUUAGGAAAAUUUUGGCAAAGCCAUUCAAGAUUCCAAUACCCAACUAUGUCAGCAAAAGACCGGUUUCACUGGGUAUACGAAGGGAUGGCAUUAGAAGAUCGCUUCAUGACCCAGACGAGCCAGAUGCCCUAGUUUUGUAUCGUCCUCCAGAACUAUCAGCUCACGAAAAGUUAUCUGUAAACGCAGAUACGCUGCCAGUGGCGGUUGUUGUAGAUCCAAUGCUUUCAAAGAUAUUACGUCCUCAUCAACGGGAGGGUGUAAAAUUCAUGUACGACUGCGUCAUAGGAAACCAGAUUGAAGAAAACUUUGGCUGUAUUAUGGCAGAUGAAAUGGGUCUAGGAAAAACAUUACAGUGUAUCACUCUAAUGUGGACACUACUUAGGCAGGGGCCUGAUUGCAAACCCAUUAUUGAGAAAGUCAUUGUGGUUUCUCCGUCCAGUUUAGUCAAGAAUUGGUACAAUGAAAUCAACAAAUGGCUAAAAGGGGCUCUUAAUUGUUUGACCAUUGAUUCUGGGACUAAAGCAGAAAUUGACAAAAAUUUGACAGGCUUCCUGACAACAAAUGGAAGAAGAGCAGUUGACAAAGUUUUGAUAAUUUCGUAUGAAACAUUUCGUUUACAUGCCCACGUUUUACAUAGAAGUGAAGUUGGCCUCGUUAUUUGUGAUGAGGGCCAUCGGUUAAAAAAUUGCGAGAAUCAAACAUACCAAGCUCUCAUGGAUUUGAAAGCAAAACGGCGCAUCUUGAUUUCAGGAACACCAAUUCAAAAUGACUUGCUUGAAUAUUUUUCUCUUGUACAUUUUGUAAAUGCUGGAAUUCUUGGAACAGCGAAGGAGUUCAGGCGACAGUUUGAGAGACCAAUAUUAAGAAGUAGGGAUUCUGAAGCAUCAGAGAAAGAUCAUGAAGUUGGCAAACAAAAACUCGAAGAGUUAAUUGGAAUAGUCAACAGAUGCAUCAUACGUCGUACCAAUGAUAUUUUGUCUAAGUAUUUGCCAGUAAAAAUAGAACAUGUUGUUUGCUGUCCACUUACAUCCCUUCAACAAGAGAUGUACACAAAAUUCAUGAACUCAUCUGCUGUCAAAAAGCAAAUAUCAGAUGGAAAUGGUCGACUGGGGAAUACAGCGUUGGCGGCUAUAACAAGCAUGAAAAAGCUUUGCAACCAUCCAGAUCUACUUUGGGAGAAGGCAAAAGCUGGUGAACCUGGAUAUAAAGAGCUGUACAAUCUCUAUCCCCCAGGCCAUAACCCAACGCGAUUGUGUCCUGAAUUGUCUGGGAAGCUUGCUGUACUAGACACCUUACUUGCUUUGGUCCGUAGUUCAACAGAUGACAAGGUGGUGCUCAUAUCAAAUUAUACGCAAACCCUCGACCUUUUUCAAGAUUUAGCUGCUCUGCGAAAUUACCCAUAUGUUCGACUUGAUGGUUCAAUGAGCAUAAAGAAACGAAAUAAGAUUGUUGAGAAGUUCAAUGACCCUGCUGGUGGGGAUUUUCUUUUCAUGUUGAGUAGCAAAGCUGGUGGCUGCGGCCUGAAUCUCAUUGGUGCUAACCGUUUAGUAAUGUUUGAUCCUGACUGGAACCCCGCCAAUGACGACCAAGCAAUGGCAAGAGUGUGGCGUGAUGGUCAGAAGAAGAAGUGCUUUAUUUACAGGCUUUUGUCGACAGGAAGCAUUGAAGAGAAAAUAUUUCAGCGUCAGGCCCACAAAAAGGCAUUGAGUAGCUGUGUCGUAGAUUGUGAGACUGAUGUUGACAGACAUUUUUCUGUUUCUGAACUUCGGGAACUUUUCACCCUGAACUUGGAAACAAUAUCAGAUACUCAUGAUAAGUUUAAGUGCCGCCGUUGUGUGAAUGGCAUCCAAGUGCGGUCACCACCUGAUGAAGCUGAUUGCACAAGUGACUUGUCAGUGUGGCAUCACUGCGCAGACAGAAAGGGCCUCCAAGAUAACAUGUUACGUCAGUGCUGGCCUGCUGGUAUAUCUUUUGUUUUUCACCAGCGUUCACAUGAACCAAAAGUUGUCCCAUAGUGUGUAUGUAUCUGUUCAUUGCAGAUGGCUUUGAGAUAUUUGAUGUACAAAUUAAAUACUUUAUUGAUUUUAGGUGAUAUCUUUUAUCAAAGUCUUUCUUUUUCAUGCUAAUUGUACAAAACUUACAAUGGACAUCAAGCAUCAUUAUCAGUACUAUCAAUGACUGACAUGACAGCUUGCAAAUCAAGUGCUCUUCACAUGGUUUUAAUAAUUUUUUUAUAUUUAUCAACAAGAUUGACAAACCCACAAAUUGCAAAGUUUAGUUAGUUUGGUUGAGGCUGGAAGAAGUAAGAUUUUAGUUUUCUAGCAAACUGGAGAGAUGAGGAUGUACAGUGAAGGCAAGCAUUAAUGGAUGGUGUGUGAUGGCACCAAGCUGAUAUUCAUCUCUCCUUUUUUCAUCUCCAAGAUUUCAUGCAAAGUUAUGCAGCUUUAUGUUGGAGAACCUGCGGUGUUUUUAAGGAUGUUCAUGGAUAAAUAAUGGCAGGGUUUAGAAAUUUUAUUGUUGGUUUUAUCAUUAUCAUCUUUCUCCUUUGUAGUUUAUCUGGUUGGUUGUCUUGAGAACCUGGAUAAGUCAGAAAAGACAUUAAUCUUAGUAAUCCUUAUUUUGUUAGUGUACAUGCUUACAAAUUUUUGUGGUAUGGAUGUUAAUGUGCUCCAUGUUGCAAGGUGUGAUGUUAUGAGCUCCUGUCAUUAGCCAGUAUACUAUUUUAAUGCAAGAAUGGAAUAUUUUCUGAAAUACGUAUAUCCUUGUGGCAACUUUGUGUCGUUGAGGAAAUUAUUCAAGUAAAUUAUUAGGUAGCAUAACAAGGCAUGAGUCAGAUUUCUUCAUGAUAAAAAAAAAAGAUCAGAUGGAAUCAGAGAUGUUAAUACCAUCCAAUGUAUGUUUCUCCAACAAUGAUAACCUCUUCAUUGGCAUUUCUGCAUGAGAUAUUUCUUCUACAUUGUUAGAUAUGAAAUGAGUUGUCUUACCAGAAUUUGCAUCCAGUCUAGGUCCUCAUAUAUGUUCUUGUUCUUGCUUUGCUGGGCCUUCCUAAGUCUUCAUCCUGUUCUUUCCAUAUUAGUUAUUUUUCUAACUGUUCUUUACCAAUUUUCGUCACAUGUCCAACCCAUCUUAAUUAAGAUCUCAAGUGUAUUUUCCUGCUGCUGGGCACCACAUCCUUCUGCAAUGUCUUCAUUUUUAAUAUAUCAGUGCUCUCUUACUGUGACUCUUAGCAUUUGGUAAGCAUACUUGGUUCAUGAGUACAUACCACCACAUUCUAUGUGGGUGUCCAUGUCACUGCUGUAGGCCUUAUGUAUGCAUCAUAAGUUCAUCUGUUUACUAGUGAGAUACUCAUUUUUACCAUGGUCAAGCAAUGCCAAUCCACGUCAUCCAUUUUGUUGCUGCACCUGCAAUUACUGUCGUCUUGGUACUUGAUUCACAAUCUAUUUUGUGACCAAAAGAUGAUAAAAUAUUCUGUCUUUCCUAAUUCCACCUCAUCUUGGUGCUUUCACCCCUCCCCCCUUCUCUUAAGUGUUGCUCAGUAGGUAAACUUUUUUACUAUUCCUAAUCAGAUGAAUUACCACUGAAAGCAAAAAUUUAGGAAAUUAACUAGUGUUCAGUAUGAUCAGUACAAUGUAAGUUCCUUUUGUUAAAAUAGAUACCUUACUUUCAAGACAGGAUUUUCUCUCUCUCUCUCUCUCUCUCUCUCUCUCUCUCUCUCUCUCUCUCUCUCUCUCUCUCUCUCUCUCUCUCUCUCUCUCUCUCUCUCUC